AUGCAAGAGAUUAUUGUAGCAUUUGUUGAACCAUUGGCAGAAUGGACAGUGAGACCAAUUUGUCGACAGUUGAGUUAUGUGUUUCACUACGACAGCAACAUUGAGCAUCUCACCAGAAAGGUUCAGGAACUCCGUGACAAAAGAGAAAGAGUAAACCUGGAGAUGAAACCUGCGAGAGAAGCUUCACAGAUUAUUGGUCCCGGAGUUGAUCGCUGGCUCGGUGAUGUAGACAAGAUCAUACAGGAAAAGGAGACGAGUUUCAGUGAAGAAACUGUAGCAGGAAAGACAGCGUGCUGUAAUGGGUGGCUUCCAAAUUUGAAGUGCCGUCAUUCUUUGGGAAGGAAAGCUAAGAAGAUGACUGAUGAGGUGGAUAAACUCCUUGCUAAUGAACCCAGGACUAUAGCGCAUCCUGCUCUUCAUCCAGAGGUGGAAUUCCAACCCACAGAGGACUUAUUGCAUGAAGGUGGCAGCUCCUCAGAAGCAUCAAACCAAGAACAGCUACCUGCGUGUGAAGGAAAAAAUAUUAAUUUUGAUUCAAGAAGAUCAACCAUUAGAGAUGUGAUGGAAGCUCUCAAGGGGAAUCAAUUCAAUCCGAUUAUCAUAUGCGGCAUGGGCGGCAUUGGGAAGACAACAUUGAUGGGGCAAAUUUUUGAGAAAGCGAAGGAAGAGGGUCUGUUCGAUGAGUAUACAAAGGCAACCAUUAAGGAAUCUCUUGACAAAGCUCCUGACGUGAUUCAGAUUCAAGGUGAACUUGCAGAAUAUCUAGGCAAGAAGAUCCUUGAGGACGAAAAAGAGAGAGGUCCAAGAGCAAGUAAGCUACGUCAAAGAUUAUCUCAAGGCAACAAGAAGAUCCUUGUAAUGUUAGACAAUGUUUCAACAACAACCUCAGACCUUUUGUGGGAAAUAGGGAUUCCCCCUAGUUGUAAACUUCUGGUCACAUCAAGACAACAAGAUCUAUUCAAGGACAUGGACAGAAGAAAGAACUUCUCAAUUGAUGGUUUGCCAGAUAGAGAUGCCUGGAGUCUAUUUAAGAAGACAGCAGGAAGUGCCAUCGAAUCUGAUCUCGAGUUGCAUGUUGUAGCAGAAAAGGUUCUGGAGGAAUGUGCUGGGUUGCCAAUUGCAAUUUCAACUAUUGGAACGGCACUAAAAGGUGAAAGCAUUGCAAUUUGGAAGAAUGCACUAAAGGAACUAGAAAAGGCUAACCCAGAAAACGUUCCAGGAGUGAUAGAACAUGUGUAUGGUAAAAUAAAGUUCAGCUAUGAAUGUUUACGAAACGAGGAAGCCAAAUCAUGUUUUUUGCUGUGUUGCAUAUUUGAAGAAAGCGCUGAUAUACCAAUCGAAGAUUUGGUUAGAUACGGGCUUGGGCUUGAGCUCUUUAAAGGCAUUGAUUCAAUGGUUGAAGGAAGAAACCGUAUGGAAACAUUGGUUCAGACACUUAAAAGUCGCUUUUUAUUGUUAGACAGUGAUGAUAAGCCAGAAUUUGUGAGAAUGCAUGAUGUGGUGCAUGAUGUAGCCGUAUAUAUAGCCUCUGAAGAGUUUGUAGAAAAGAAAAAUGAUGGGGUUGAAAAGAGAAUUGUGGUGAGAGACAAAGCAAAAACUGUGAAAUUGAUGGAUUGGCCUGCUAAGAAUAGUGUUGCUGAGAAAUCUACUUAUUGCACUUCACUGAGUAUCAAGGGGCUUUGUCGGCUUUUACUGUUGAGAACUCUACCUUUAACUGGAAUUCCAUUGGAGCCUCCACCCACAAUUUUAAGUAGAAUGAAAGAUAUCACGGUUCUAGUAAUUGAGAGUAUGUCUCCAUUGUCACUACUGCCAUCACUUCCAGUUUUGAAAAACCUUCAUACACUGUGUCUAGAUGUGUGCGAUCUCAAGUGUGAUGUAUCUAUAAUUGGGGAGCUAAGGACACUCGUGAUACUCAGUUUGUGUGGAUCCGACAUUGAACAGUUGCCUGAUACAUUCAAAAAUUUGUCUAAUCUGAGAUUUCUUGAUUUGUCCAUAUGUAGUGAGCUAAAAAUAAUACCACCAGGUGUUAUAUCAAGUUUAUCCCGACUAGAAGAAUUGUACAUGUGGCAUAGCUUCGAGGAUUGGGUAGUUGAGAAACUAGCCUCGAUUGAAACAACCAAUUGGAUCUCUCAAUUGGAGGCUGAGGAGAGAGUUGAUGAAUCCGAAGAAGUGGACUAUCGGGAAACGUCACUGGACACGUGGAAGAGAUUCAACAGAUUGGCGGUUGAGCAACCAGCAAACAUAGGAAACCAGUUUAGAAAAGAGGUUCAAGGUCUGGACAGAGCAAACGAUGAGCACACAAGGUGGGCUAACUCCAUGGACUGGAAAACUGGGAUACUUGCAGAGUUACUUUCCUUGUCCCAUUUGACUACUUUAGAAGUUGUUCUGCCACCAGUUAAUAAGCUUCUAACCAGUAAUCUAUUUAACAAGCUCGAAAGAUUUAAGAUCUUUAUAGGAUGGAAGCAGCAUAUACUUUGGGACUUGAAGCAUGAUGGCAACUACUUGAGAGUUCACGAUCUUGACGGAAGCGCUGUUAUGGGUGGUGGAAUCACUUUGUUGCUAAAGAAAACCAGCAUUCUUGAGUUCAGAAUGAAGAAUUUAACAGAACCUCAAGCUCUGAAUGUCUUAGAUACGAUGCUGAUGAAGCUAACUAUGCGCACAAAUUCCUGGGGUUCCUGGGAAGGAAGCCUCUGA